AUGGCAGCGGCAAAUCAUGUCUUCAAGUUUUCUCGCGAGGCCUACGCGGUAAUCGUUGACCGCAUCCCGCCAGGAGUUGGCCGUCGCGAGAUCGUGGACCUCUUCAGUACGCUGGUCGGGGACAUUCGAAAGGUAGAAGACAGGAAUCAAGGCCACUCGAUGGAGAUUACCUUCCACACCCAUGACGCCGCCAGGAAAGCGUUGUGCAUGACGGGAUACACCAUCUCAGGGGUGCCUCUCUCUGUCACCGCCGUCGCUCCUCCGAAAAUGGCGCGUGGUCCGCACAACGGGAACAGAGUUGCCGACGCCCGGCGUAACCUCUAUGUUCUUGGUCUUCCUUUCGACCUCUCCAAAAACGAGUUUGCAGAGCUUUUCUCUCGCUAUGGCACCGUAUCUCACUGUGUCAUUCUCGCUACCGUCGACAAUGCCUCGCGUCGCCGUGGGUUCAUAGUUAUGUCGACUAACGCGGAAGCAAGGGCUGCCAUGGAUGGCUUGUCCAGAACCGAGAUCAAGGGAAGUGUCAUCGAUGUAUCAUGGGCGGUCGUGCAGCGCUCUCAAGGAUUUCUGGACGGUGGAGACCGGGCCUUGCCAACGCGCGAUGCUCCUGCUGAGGACAUCCCUCGACCUAAGGAACCUUUGGCAGACCUGACCCACCCCACCAUGUCUAGCAUCGUUGUCUCUAACCUGCCUACGGUUCUGUUCUCCCAACCCUCGGACAUCGAACCUCUGUUGAUGCCUUUCGGCGACGUCAAGAAGAUUGAGCGGCUCCCCUCUGUCGCCGGCUCUGCGUCUGCCUACUCUGGCUUGUUCUCCAUCAUGGUCACAUACGCCUCUCCGGAGAGCGCGAGAGAGGCCAGAGACACCCUGCAUGGACAGGUCUAUGGGAACCAGGCCUUGUUCGUCGAGAUUUCUGGUGGACCGGGUGGUCAGGUCGAUCGCCUUUCGGACGUCCAUCGCUCCACGGCACCGCCCGGCCUUCAGCAGAACCAACAGAAGUGGUCCUCGAAUCCUACCAAGAGCCCAUCCGCCUUCAAUCCACGUGCCUCUCCUUUCGCCUUCGACUAUAACUCGUUUGCUUCGCACAAUUCUGCACCUCCUACUUGCACCAUUGCUAGUCCUCGUCUUGAUUACUUUGAGUCCUUUGUCUCCAACAACAAUUUCUCUAACAGCAACAACGGUCACAUCAACUAUAGCGAAAAUAGUCUUCCUCCGUCGCUGUCUUACGCUAAGCCUCACGCCCCUUCGACCAUGUCUACGGGACUCGCGAUACCCUCCGAAACCUACCAGCCUCAGCCUCAGCCUUUGUCUACCGUUUCGAAUGUCGACUGGAGUCUCAGUUCCAAUACUUCUCGUGCCCCGUUUCUUAAUCCUUCCCAGUCUGCUUCGCAAUACCCGCUAAGAUCGACCUCUGCAGCCUCUUGGUGGAGCGCUUCUGGCACGGACUCCGGUUCUGCUAUGCGAAGGCUCGACGCCCGUGAACAUGGAGAAAAUAGACUUAUCCAGUCCGGACAAGCGAUUCACCGCACAUUCCUUGCUUGA